AAGCCCGCGACGCGACGCGACCAGUUCGCUACAGCAGGCCCAAGGAGCUCCCAUUCCUUCCCGCCCCCGGUCGCGCGCCGCCACCUCUGCGCGCGCCUCCCCGCCGGCCAUGCUGACCGGGCGGGAGAGCCUGGUCCGCCUCAUCGGCCGGCGCCGCCGCUCCCCUCUCCCGGCCUCGCUUGCCGCCGUCCUAUCCCCGUCCUCCCCGUUCCCUGCUGCCUCCACCGCUCAGGCCGACGACGGGGGCGGCUCGGGCGAGGCGGCGGGGGCCGAGGCUGGUCCGUCCUCUGGAGGAAGCGGCGGCGUGGGUGUGGGCGCGGAGUGGGUCUCCUGCCCCGUAUGCGGCGAGUCCAUCCGUGGGUCGGACUACUGCGUCAACACCCACCUCGAUAUAUGCCUUACUAGAGGAACAAAACGAAAAUUAACACAAAGCACCCUUCUUAAUUUUAGAUUCAGUAGAAAGGUUUCCGCUGAGCCUGCUUCAAAUAAUUUGAAAAACGAGAUUAAAACAGAAAGUGAGAAACAGAUUGAUGAGGAUUUAUCUAGAGACCAAACAUUCUUUUCGCUGGAUAUUGACAUUGAGGGUUCAAAGGCUGGUGCUUCUAUUUCAUCACCUGGUUGUCUGAAUGGCUCACUUGGCAUUUCUAAGAUGAUUAGUACCUAUGUACCUUCAAAUACUCUCUUGCCAAAUGUUAAGGAUGCUGUAAGUAAUGUUCCAGUGGAACACUGCUCUUCUAGCAUGUUUCCAACAGUGGCAACCUCUCGCAGUAUUGAUGCAUGUGCAGACUUGAAUUCUAGCACCAUUAUAGCAGUUGACACUGUCAUAGUUGGCCGGAGGUUCCAUGAGGACAUUGAAUUGAGAGAAGAUGCAGGCAUUACUUUUCAGAGAGAUCCUCAGAAUGCUAAGGACUCUGAUGCUAUAAAGGUGCUUUAUGCAGCAUCUGAAUGCGAGGAGAUGCUUGGAUAUUUGCCUCGAGAGCUUGCUAAAGUUUUGGCUCCUCUAAUGGACAGACAGUAUGUUGAAUGCGAGGGAUAUGUGGUUGGUUUGCCUGAACAACAGCUUGGCAAUGUUCCCAUCCAGAUUACUGUCCAGAAAUAUCAGAGAAAUGAUGAUCCGAAGUAUUUGCAAUCCUUAUGGGAAAAGUUCAUCAGCACCAUUAAAAGUGGAAAUUUUCAGCGACCUACAAGUGCAAGAUACCAGAAAAAUUUUAAUUUGAUGAUAUCAGAUGUUAUUGCCAACCAUACACAUGUUUUUAGUGAUAUAGAAAAAUCAUUUUUAGCUUCUUUUAAGUCGUUGUCAGAUGAUGGGCAAUGCCUUUUUGUAAGGAUUUACACUCGAAAAGGGCCAUGGUUCCGAAAGAGCACCAUCUUGUAUCGUGAGAUAUUAGAUCUGGAGCAUGCAGCAAUGGAGCUGAAGUUGGCAGGUUAUAUCGACAUGCUUUCUUGCACAGUUGAUCCAUCUGAAUAUGAUAUGAAGGAGAUUCUUGAUGUUUUAAGUGUUCCUGAAAUGAAAGAAAUUCUAAAGGAGCUUCAGAAGUCGAUAUAUUGUUUGUCUGAGGUUCAGCCGCUGCCCAAGCAUUGGCCCCUUGAAAGGAUAACACAACCUGCACACGUCGACACGAGCUUGUGUGCACCCUUCUGUCUUUAUAUCAUAAUGGUACCUGGAACCUGUAUAAGAAUUUCUAAGAUGGCAGAUGAACUUCUGUGGCGUAUCCAGAGGCUCUUUUUUCUAAAUGGCGAUCAAGAUCUUUCUUCCUUUCUAUUAGUGGAAUUUGGUGUCGUGAAGUUCCCAGACUAUGCUUGCAGCAUCUCCCACCGCCUUUUUCAAGAAAGAAGUGAUCUGCUUGAGUAUGAAGAGGCUAUCCGAGUUGCACAAGUGAUGGAUGAAUCCCUUGAUAAUAAUAACAUGGACUUGGUGACAAGAUGCAUUGAUUUAUCUGAGAAUCGAUUAUGCGCUAUGUCAAAACAAGAAAAUGCAACUUCACCUGAACAUUCCCCAUCGUUCUUUUCAUGCUUUUCAUCUUCCUGGGUCUAUUCGAAAAUACUCACGUUAGGUGUCUCUGUUUAUGAACGAGACCGCAGGUAUGAAGAUGCAAUCAGGAUUCUAAAGAUACUACUCAGUAAAAUUGCUUGUGAUAGACGGCGAGGGUAUUGGACACUGAGGCUAUCUGUUGAUUUGGAGCAUAUGGGUCGUCCAAAUGAGAGCCUUUCCAUAGCUGAAGGAGGAGUAAUUGAUCCAUGGGUUCGUGCUGGUUCAAAGUUCGCGCUGCAAAGGAGAGUGCUGCGUUUAAGCAAACCUCCACGACGCUGGAAAAUUCCCAGUUAUGCCGAUUAUGUCAAAAGAAAUAUAAAAGAGGUGAAUAUUGAAGGAAGGCCAUUAAAUUGUGAGACAGGAGCAAAGAAUUUAUUUUAUGGUUAUGACGGGGAACUUUGUGGGGUUGAGCAGUUGGCUUUACAAUAUUAUGCUGAUGAAGGUGGCGGUUGGCAAGGUACCCAUUCAGAAGGUGGCAUUUGGAUGACUAUCUUUGGCCUUCUGAUGUGGGGUGUAAUGUUUUCAGACAUACAAGAUGUUUUCCAGUCUAAAUUCCAGAUGGCUCCCCUUGAUCUGGAAACAGAUGAUUUCUACAAAUCAAGAAAGGACCUUGCAGAAUCCCAGCUUAAGAAGAUACAAGAUGGGAUGGCUGAAGAGAUGCUUAUCAGCUCCUGGGAGCUGCAUCAGGGGACAUCCUGCCACGGCGUUAAUUGGGACCGUCAUUCCUUAACUGAUUUACGGGCUGUUGUUGCAUGCAUUGGCGGCCAUCGCUUGGCAUUGCUCCUCCGCCAUCUAGCCAUUGAUUACAGAAGCUGGUCUAGCGGAAUGCCCGAUCUACUGCUAUGGCGUUUCCUUGAUGAAAGAGGUGGAGGUGAAGCUAAACUUGUGGAGGUCAAAGGACCAAGGGACCAGCUGUCAGAGCAACAGCGCGCCUGGAUUCUUGUUCUUAUGGAUUUUGGAUUUGAUGUGGAAGUGUGCAAAGUAAGCCCAGUUGCCAAGCGGAGAUAGCUCCCUUUCAAAGUUGCACUUAGUGUAACAAUUUCAUAUUAUUGAUGAUUUAUGCAUAAGCCUUUGAUUAAUUAGAAGAGCAAAUCUGUAACAUGUAAACAGGGACAUGGAUGUGAUGUUGUACAGAAGUAAAACCAUUCUCGCCACUUAUUUGGGUAGGGUCGUUCUAACAAAGCUCUAGUUGGAAAGAUUGGAACUA